UGAUUUGUAAAUCUUAUAUAGUCUGCUCACGAUGCAGCUUUUUUGGUACGAAAAUGAAACUUCCGUUUUCCUUUUUUAAUCGUCGACAUGAUUGCAAUCGAUGACGCGUCUGCAAGUUACAAAGGGCGAGUUAAGACUCUAGACUUCUGCAUGACCUUUUCGCAGUGCGAGUAAAAACAGUUAGGUAUUAUAGCUUGAAAAGGCGCGAAAGGGCGCAGCUCAAGUCUCCACGCACCGAAACCGACACGCUUUCGCGUAGGAUGCAUGAUGGAUGACAGCGUUCACUGGUGACAUCACUCGAAAACAAAAAGUCUACAGCCUUGAGCGGCGCGCGCUGCAAUCUACGCACCCACGGUAGCGCGCGCUAACACACGAAGAUGACGUUCCCAAGUGAACGCGAGCACAAUCCGGGACUUUAACAGAGAUAUAUACAGACUUCACCUGGCUAAGGGGCUACGAAAAAAACAAAAGCAUGUCCGAACGAGAGUUUUUUCUCACCGCGCAUGUUUUUUGCAGACGCGUUCGUUUGACCUUAUAAUCACUUUUAUAGUCCGUGCGAGCGAGCUCGGGUUCGUAGCUUGGCACGUAUCAACACGUAUUUGGCGAGUAUGAGCGCGAAGAGGCGAGCUAAAGAACUAAAUCGCGGCGACCAACUGCUGUGCUUUAAUUUAUGAUAUGUAAAAAAUCGCUGUGGAUUAAUGUGGAUUAUUGUGGAAUUUCAAGGACACUGCCGCAGGGGAAACGACUGAUCACCACAUCACCGGCUGUGUGGUAAUUCUUCACAAGUUAACUUUAGUGGGUUGGAGGAGUGUUACAUCUUCCUGGGACAUCUUCUAAAGAUAAUUGAAGGUGUUCGGAACAUUCAGGUGUUUGUCAUAGGCGUCUACCACCUGUAGCUCAAAAACUUCUCUCUCUCUCUCUCUCUCUCUCUCUCUCUCGCUCUGUGCUUUCUUACUCUCCUUUUAUUUAGCUGUAAAACUGGCACGCGCGCGCAGAGCUGCAAACCCUAAAACCGCACCGAGUUUCUUUUUAGCCUCUCGUCCCAGAGUUCCCCGUCUCUCUCGCUCUCUCUCUCUCUCUCUCUCUCUGACUUUUCCUUUUAUGCCUGGCCUGAUGUUAAGGUUUGAAGGCAGAGCGUGUGGUGUAGACAUUUCGCGUUCAGUGUACACCCCCCACCCAGACCGUGCCCCUCUUAUCUCAGUUUAAUUGCAGCCUCUAUGUCUGCUGUUUUCACGUCUCCUUUUUUUUCAGUUUCUUUGAUUCACCGUCUCAUCUCUACUCGUUGUUUGACAUCCUCUUUAGUCUCCCUUACGUGCUCGAUCUCUGUGAGGAUAUUAUUAUAGCCCGCGGGCGGGGAUAAUAUCCCUAAACUUUUUUUUUUUUAAUUGAAGUUCCUCGGCUUAAAGUGCGCCAUCUACCUUCAGAACGCCUUCAGAUCCGGAGAUCACCGGCUUGUGUCGAGAGAGUGAGAGAGAGAGCGGGCUGGAGGCUGGGCGCUCGCGCGGAUCGGGGGUCCAUGCGCGGUGUCGCUGCCUGACGCGAGCUCGGCCCGGGAGCUCUAAGCCCUCCUCCUCUGUGCCCUCUCUCUGAUAAUGGUAGCCGUGCUCCGCUCGGUCGUGGCGCUCAUGCUGCUGCUCGGUCAGGUGUGGCUGGGCGCCGCCGCCGGUUUGAUUCCCGACGUGGAGCGGCGGAGGCACGCACCCGAACACUCCGAGCGCUUUCUGCGCGACUUCGAGCUCCGACUCCUGAACAUGUUCGGUCUAAAGCGGAAACCCACGCCGAGCAAGGGAGCCGUGGUACCCCAGUAUAUGCUGGACCUCUAUUAUAUGCACUCAGAGAACGGAGACCAGAAAAGCAUCCGGCGGCCCAGGAGCAUCAUGGGGAGGCACGCGGAGCGCGCGGCCAGCAGGGCCAACACCAUCCGGAGUUUCCAUCACGAAGAGGCUUUAGAGGCUCUGGCCAGCCUGAAAGGAAGGACCACACAGCAGCUGUUUUUCAACCUCACUUCGGUGCCGGCGGAGGAGCUCAUCACGGCUGCAGAGCUACGCAUCUUCAGAGACCAGGUGCUCAGUGACUUUACUCAGAGCAACACCAGUCGUGCUGGAGCCUUUCAGCGCAUUAACAUUUUUGAGGUGUUUAGGCCAGCUCAUUCCCCCUUACAGGAGCCUCUUACCAGACUUUUGGACACUCGUCUGGUGCAGGACUCACACUCACGCUGGGAAAGCUUUGAUGUAAGCUCAGCGGCAGCACGCUGGGCCACACAGCCACACCACAACCAUGGCCUCAUGGUGGAGAUUCUGCAUCCAGGCGAGGCCAGUGACGGUGAGGAGGCAGAGGCAAGCAGGAGUAGGCAUGUCAGGGUAAGCCGGUCCCUGCAUACCGACAAUGAUUCCUGGGCUCAGGCCCGGCCACUGCUGGUCACUUACAGCCAUGACGGCCAGGGCACCGCAACGCUUCACAGAGAAAAACGGCAGGUGCGGCGGCCACCAAAACAGCGGCGUAAACACCAGCGAGCCAACUGCCGCAGACACCCACUCUAUGUAGACUUUAGUGAUGUGGGCUGGAAUGUGUGGAUUGUGGCGCCGCCAGGCUACCAUGCCUUUUACUGCCAAGGCGAGUGCCCGUUCCCACUGUCAGACCAUCUGAACUCCACCAACCAUGCCAUUGUGCAGACCCUUGUAAACUCUGUGAACUCUAAUGUGCCACGGGCAUGUUGCGUGCCCACAGAGCUCAGUCCCAUCUCUCUGCUCUACCUGGAUGAGUAUGAGAAGGUUGUCUUAAAGAACUAUCAAGACAUGGUGGUGGAGGGCUGCGGAUGCCGAUGAGAACUAAACUCAUGAAGCUUAUGAAGACUUUUUUAUUUAUAUGAAAGAACUUUCAGAAAAAGAGUUAUUUUGGAAAAAAGAUAAAAGAUAUA